UCCCCGAGGCGUCGCGCCGUGCGUGCCGUGCCGCGUGCAGUGCGCCGUGCCCUCUUCCAGCUUCGCCUGCUCCGCGCUAGCUUUGCCUGUCCGCGUGGCCGCGAAGCGAAGCAUGCGCAGCGAGACGUCGCGGUAAACAGUGUCCGAAUCGGAACGCGCUGCCGACAGUGUGCGUGCCGGAGGGCCGGAGGUACCGCGGCAGAUCGUGACGCGUUGUGACGUUGGGCCGGAGCAUGGCCUCGGACUUGUGACGACCAGCCGCAGCCGGGCCCGCGCGGACCGCCCGGACCGCCCGGCUCCAGCGAAGCAACGAAGCGGCGAAGCCUCCCCGGCGCCCCAGCCGCCAAGACGGAUUUCUGACGGACCGCCGGCCUGCUCCCAGACAUGGACUACACGGCCGUCCCGCAACGGGACCCCCGGGACCCCCGGGACCCGAGGGACCCCGUCAGAGGGGACGACAACGGCCACCUCCAGGACACACUGCAGCGGUUGUACGACGGCCAUGUAAACCACAAGGGCUCCAACGGCCGGCAGUGUCAUCCUUCGACGGAGAUCGAGCUGGGUGAUGUAAAAACCACAAAGACAGCCCUGCCCGGAGAGGUAGAGAAGGGCAGUUUUGAGAAGGCCGACUUCGAAAAGGCCAUCGAACUUACCGGCUAUGGCCGCUUCCACUACUUCCUGCUCAUGGUGUGCGGCUUCGUCAGCACCAGCGAGGAGAUGGACGUCAUAUCCAUGUCCUUCAUCCUGCCGUCCGCUCAGUGCGACCUCCACCUCAGCACGCACACCAAGGGCUGGCUCAACAGCAUCAUCUUCAUUGGGAUGAUGGCGGGGGCCUACGCGUGGGGCUCCGUGGCGGACUCUGUGGGCCGCAAGAAGGUGCUGAUCGUCAUCUCUUUCAUGAACGCGGUCUGCAUCGUGGCCUCCAGCUUCUCGCAGUCCUACGAACUAUUUAUGUUGUUCAGGUUCCUGAACGGCGCUGCGUUAGGCGGCAGCGGCCCCGUCAUCUGGUCGUACUUCGCCGAGUUCCAGCCCAAGCAGAAGCGGGGCUCCAUGCUGAGCUUCAUGGCGGCCUUCUGGACGCUGGGAAACCUCUUCGUGGCGAGCCUGGCCUGGCUGGUCAUCCCCAGCGGCAUCGGCUACCACUCCCCCACGUUCCUCUACAACUCGUGGCGCAUCUUCCUGCUGCUGUGCUCCGUGCCCAGCUUCCUGGUGGCAGGGCUGCUCUGCUUCCUGCCCGAGAGCCCCAAGUUCCUGCUCACCCAGGGCCACAGCGACCAGGCCAUGGAGAUCUUCCAGCACAUCUACGCCACCAACACCGGCAACCCGCCGGAGGACUACCCGGUCAAGGAGCUCGUGAUCGACGACGUGCUGGUGGUGGACGUCGGCAAGAGGGAGCCCUCGCUCAAGGUGUCGCAGGCCGACCGCUGGAAGGGCAUGCUGAGCGACAUCCUCACCAACUCUCAGCAGCUCUUCAUGCCCCCCAUCCUGCGCUUCACCCUCAUCUCCAUCACCAUCAACUUCACCUUCCACAUCGGCUACUACGGCCUCAUGAUGUGGUUCCCCGAGCUGUUCCACCGCUUCGACGAGUUCAGCACGGCGCACCCGGGCCGCGAGGCGUCGGUGUGCGACGUGACGCGCUUCGUCGUCACCAACGGCACGCAGUCGGAGCACUCGGCGUGUGACGACUCCAUCCAGGGCUCCGUGUUCAUGGAGUCCCUCAUUACCGUGGCCUCCGCGGUGCCGUCCAACAUCAUCGCCGUCCUGGGCAUGGACCACCUGGGGCGCAAGUUCUUCCUCGUGUUCAGCACGUUCACGUCGGGGCUGUGCGCCAUCUGCAUGUUCUUCGUGUACAACAAGCAGAACAACCUGAUCGUGAACGCCGUCUUCAGCUCCGUCAUCAGCUGCGGCAACGCGGCGCUGGACUGCCUCAUCACCGAGAUCUUCCCCACGCACCUGCGCGCCACUGGCGUGGCCGUGUCCAUGGUGGCGGCGCGUCUCGGCGGCAUCAUCGGCAACAUCGUGAUAGCCACCUUGCUGGACGUCUACUGUCCCGCGCCCACCUUCAUCGUCGCAGCCCUGCUCAUCGGUGGCGGCCUCCUCUGUCUGUUCCUACCAAAUACCACGAGAGAGCCACUGUCAUGACGACCGCCCCGCACCCAGCCCUGCGCGCCCUGCCGCGGGGAAGACCACAUCUCUGUCUCAUCCAACAGUGUCGCAGGAAGUCUUGUGGACUCCGGGCAGCUCAAAGUCCCAAAACAUCCCCGUCUUUGUCUUUCCCGCUGCAAGGGCGCGGCGCCACCGCCCUCUCCUCCCAACACCGAGGAGAGUCGCGGCUCUGCGCGCCGCUCGUGUCUCUGUCUCAUCCAUCCUCUCCCUCUCUCUCACUCCCGCCCAAAAUCGUAAUGUUCGAAACUACCGCCAUUCUGGCAGCCCAAGUGAAAUGGCUACCUUGGCUCCAUACAUCAUUUUAAUUCUAAGCGUUACAUCUCCCCUUAUUUACAAUGCUUUUUAGUAUUUCAAUUCAUGAAAGCAACCAUGGUGAUGUUUGAAAAAGAUAGCAAAGCCUUCUUUUGUGUGUUUGAUGGCGGCCGGCAAAGGCUUUUGUCGUUCCUAAAACUGUAUUGCUGAUCUGAGCCUGUGAUUUUGAUAUCAAUUUGACGUCUUAAAAUAAUGUAAUUGGAAGUACCAACUGAAUUGUUCUGUUUUCAAAGACUUUAUAGUCCUAAGCUUUAUUCGAAUAUGUGUUUACUGUGUAGUAUAUAAAGACAUCAUCACCCUAUGUAAAUAUCUAGAUAAACAAAUAAAUGAUUAAUUAAAUAGAGAUUUGUGAUGUGA